AUGGCAAUGAUGAUAGGGAAGCGUAAGCAGAAGGUUCCGUUUCAUAUACCUUCGAUUAGAAGGCCACAGGAUGAGUACAACAUACGUGUUAACAACGCUAAUGUGCCUUUUGAGCAUGUUUGGUUGCAAAAGAGUGCUGAUGGUGAGAGGUUUAUUCAUCCAUUGGAAAAGCUUUCUGUUUUGGAUUUCAUUGAUAGAGGUGUUGGGGAUGUUGUGCCAUUGAAGCCUCCCUCAACAGAAAGCACCCCUUUCAAGUUUGUUGAGAAAGUCAAAGAUUUGAAGGAGUUGGCUGUUAAGCUGCAUUCAGUGGAUGAAUUUGCUGUUGAUUUGGAACAUAAUCAGUAUCGGUCUUUCCAAGGUUUGACUUGCCUCAUGCAAAUCUCAACAAGGACUGAAGAUUUUGUUGUUGACACUCUGAAGCUUCGCAAUCAUAUUGGGUCUUAUCUAAGGGAAGUGUUCAAGGACCCUUCCAAGAGGAAGGUCAUGCAUGGUGCUGAUCGAGAUAUUGUGUGGCUUCAACGAGACUUUGGCAUCUACGUGUGUAAUUUGUUUGACACUCACCAGGCUUCAAGGAUGCUAAAAUUGGAGAGGAACACUUUGGAGUAUCUUCUGCAUCAUUAUUGUGGUGUCAUUGCAAACAAAGAAUAUAGUACUGCUGAUUGGAGACUACGCCCUUUCCCUGAUGAGAUGCUAAAAUAUGCCAGAGAAGAUACUCAUUAUUUGCUGCAUAUAUAUGAUUUGAUGAGGAUUGAGUUAUUUUCUUUGCCUAAGGAUUCUGAAAGUUCUGAUACUCCUCUGGUGGAGGUUUACAAACGCAGCUACAAUGUCUGCAUGAAGCUAUAUGAGAAAGAACUUAUAACAAAAAACUCAUACCUUGGUAUAUAUGGAUUGCAAGAGGCUGGUUUCAAUGCUCAGCAGCUUGCCAUUGUUUCAGGACUAUAUGGAUUUCGGGACAUGCUGGCACGUGCAGAGGAUGAGAGUACUGGUUAUGUAUUGCCAAAUAAAUCUGUUCUUGAAAUUGCCAAGCAGAUGCCUCUCACAACAAGACAGUUAGAUCGACUGCUCAUUUCAAAACACCCCUAUGUUGAACACAAUCUUGAUAUUGAUGUCAACAUCAUUAGGAACUCAAUUCAAAAUGCUGCUGCCUUUGAAGAAGCUGCUCAACAAUUGAAACAAGGACAUGUUGCCUCCUUUGAAGGAGCUGCUCAACAAUUGAAACAAGGACAUGCUGCUGCUAUUGCAUCAGAUGCACUACCGGUUACAUAUCCCCUACCCCAUAGACAAAAACCCACUUCGGCCAACUCUGCUUAUGUAGUAGUAUAUACACCUUUGCCUUACUGGUGUGUAACCCCUGUCAAAUUUUACUGGUGUGUAACCCCUGUCAAAUUUUAG